AUGGAUUCAAGUACUAAAAAAUCACAACAUGAUUUACAACUUUGUGAAAAUUUUGAAAGUUCUCCAUAUUAUAGUUGCCUUAUCUCAUUUUUGGAAUCUAUAAUACCAGUUGAACCUGAAAAUAAUGAAGGAUUUUUAUUUGCUUUUAUAUUAGUACUUAUUUUUUAUAUGUGGAUUUUUAAGAUUUUUUAUACUAAUGAUCAGACGGAAGAUACUGAAGGUUUCCCACAAAGUGAUGCACAAAUUAUAACUAAAGAUACAACAGAAGAAAUUUUUUUAGAAAGUAGCAUAAAGGAAAAGGAAGAAAGAGCACAAAAGGUAAGAGAAAGAGAAGAAAUGAGAAGAGAAGUGAGAAGAUUAAAAGAACAAAUGAGAGAGAAACAGGAGAAAGAGCAUAGAAUAAAGGAUAGAAUAAAAAGAAGAGAAGAGCAAACAGCUAGGAGGAAAAAAAAAAAGGAAAAAAUGAUUAGUACUGUAGGUGAGUCAGAAGAAAAUGAAGAAGUAGAAGAAUAA